CAGAGAUUAUCGAUCGAUGGCGUCUAGAAUUUUUAUCUAUUAUUAAUAUUUUCAUUAAAGUUGAUGCUUUAUGGCCUAUUCCUAAAAAAUGGUCUAGAGGGGUAACAACAUUAAGGAUUUAUCCUAGUCUAAAAAUCACCGUCAGCAAUCACUUUUCGGACCCAUUCAUCCAACAGGCAAUCCAUGCAGCAACUCAACGCCUUCAAGAUUUUUUGACAGACGAGAAAUUUUCUCCACCAAAUAAAAAUAAUUUUCCGGAAGAAGUAUCUUACAGAGUGCUGGAAGCACUUCAUAUCGAAUUGCAAUCGGGAGAUGCUGAGCUGUCAUUAGAUACUGAUGAAUCGUAUGAUUUGUGGAUUCCCACUGCCGCGCCGUUGUUGUUAUCUUUGAAGGCGCAGUUACGAGCGAAAACUGUGUAUGGAGUCUUGCAUGGACUGACUACGCUCUCGCAACUGGUUUACGAAAAUGAUGAAAUGUUGGUUUUACCAUUCGCGCCGCAUCGUAUCAUUGAUUCACCGGAAUAUCGACAUCGUGGUCUAUUGUUGGAUACUUCAAGGAAUUAUUAUCCGGUCGAAGAUAUUUUGCGCACACUAGAUGUAAUGAGCUGGACCAAGUUAAAUGUAUUUCAUUGGCACAUAGUGGAUCAACACAGCUGGCCGGUAGUCAGUGAAGUUUUCCCAGAGUUGAGUGAGAAAGGUGCAUAUGAUCCAAAGAAAAUGAUUUAUACGCGACAAGAUAUCGAUACAAUCGUUCAUUUUGCUAGACAGAGAGGAAUUCGAGUAAUUCCUGAAUUCGAUAUGCCUGGUCAUACUGCUUCCAUUGCUCCAAGUCAUCCUGAACUCCAAAUUGGAACGAUGCAACAUGCUUAUGAACCACCAAGCGGCCAAUUCGACCCAACCGCCGACGAAACAUAUGUAUUCAUUGAUAAACUAAUCGCCGAAAUGGCAUCCUGGUUCCCAGAUAAAUAUUUUCACGGAGGUGGAGAUGAAGUAAAUCUACGAUGCUGGUACGAGGCGCCUAGAGUCCAAGAAUAUAUGGCACUCACUAAUAAUACCACCACCAACACCGAUAAUCCUCUUGAUACCAACAUCCAAUGUAAUUACAAUGAUCCCGAUAUAAUAAGCACAACAAUGGAACCUCUUGUCCACAAAUUUGUCACUAAACAACAUGAAAUUAUCAGAAAUCAAGGAAAAAUUCCAAUGGCAUGGCAGGAACUAAUCGUUAAUCAGCGCUUGAAUCUUGGCAAAGAUAUAAUUGUGCAGGUUUGGAAUGGUGAUGAAAAUGUAAAGCGGGUGGUUCACGCUGGGUAUAAGGUUGUCUCGGGGCCGGCUGGGUUUUGGUAUCUGGAUUGUGGUCAUGGAAAUUGGUUGGGUAACUAUGUCGAAGGAAAUAGUUGGUGCGGUCAUUUCAAAACUUGGCAAUGGAUGUACACUUAUAAUCCUCGAAACGGGCUCAAUAAAAAAGAAGCAGAAUUAGUCAUCGGAG